GCCAAUGAUCACAUGGCAAAGCCAAAACCAGGACUUGAAGAACUGUACCAAGGAAUCCCUGAUGAGUCUGUUAACCUCACCUUUCAAGACCUUGCCAAUGUCAUUUCAUCACACCACACAGACACUACAAUGCCCGCAACUCAACAUGUUUCUGAACCUAACAAUAACCCCACAAAGGGACCAUCACCUUCACCUUCACCCUCACCUUCUCUUUCCACUGUGCCUAGCCUUGACUUCAGAAAGGGCUUGGAGGGACUCAACCGCAACAAUCAUCACUAUCAGCUUCAUGGUUUUGGCCACGGAGGUGGUGACUCAUCGGCUCAAAUUAGCCGACCCAGUGAGUAUAGCAUGAGCUAUGAUGGCAUCAAGAGUGGUGAGAGUUUUGCUUCUGGAAAAGGUGGAUCUGGUCGACGAAGGAGGCCAGGGAUUCCUCACUCUACUAUCUGCACCAUUUGCAGUAACUACGUUUAUCUUUUCAGAACUAGAUGCCUGGUAUGUGGUAGGGUUUAUUGCAGGCAGUGUGUGGAAAUAGGCAUGGGAGAAAUGACAGAAGGAAGAAAGUGCAUCGAGUGUCUUGGAUUGAGAUUCAGCCAAAGGUACAUAGAAAGAGCAGGGAUGGGAGGGUGUUGCAGUUGGAGGUAUCCAAGCACAUUGAAGCAUGCUGAGGUUAUGUGGGCUGAGAAAGGACCAAGGAGGAGUGGUGAUAGAGGGUAUGGUCACCAUAGCAUGGCCUCUUCAAGACCUAGAAGGUCUCCUCUUUCCAUUGCCAGCACUGAAGCCUCCUUUGUCAUGUCUGCAACUCAUUCUCCUUUCUCAGCUCAUUACAAUCUCCCUCUUUGA